UGACAGAGCUUGCCUGAGGCUGAGGACGCUUCUGGGAGCGGUACGCCUGCGCGGCCGCAAAGCGGGGCGGGAGGAAGCGAGUGCGUUUUCCUCUUAGGCGGCGCCAUUUUGUGCUCAGAACCGCUACAGCCGCCGGCGGUGAGGGCGCUAAACCGCGAUAGCGGGGAUGGCGGAACCUCUGGCGGCAUCGGGAGACUCGGGCUCUGGCACGGCUGCUCAGGGUUCGGGCCCCUCGGAGACAGGAACGCGGCGGCUCAGCGAGUUGCGAGUGAUCGACCUGCGGGCGGAGCUGAAGAAGCGGAAUUUGGACACCGGUGGCAACAAGAGUGUCUUGAUGGAGCGGCUCAAGAAGGCGGUUAAGGAAGAAGGGCAAGAUCCUGAUGAAAUUGGCAUUGAGCUGGAAAGCACUAGCAAGAGGAUGGCAAAGAGAUAUGCUAAAGGGCAAAAGAUGGAAGAUGAAGGCGCAGAAGACAACGGCCUGGAAGAAGAGUCCCCUGACGGACAGGAGGAUGUGGACGUGAGUCUGGAGAACCUGCAGGGCAUGGACGUGGUGGACAUGAGCGUGUUAGAUGAAACCGAGGCUGAGGACAGCAGUGCUCCAGACUUCGGGGAGGAUGGCGGCGGUGACGACAGCAUCCUCAGUCCCUUCUGUGACAGUAAAGAGUACAUGGCCGCACGGCUGGGACAGCUUCCAGCUCAGCUUGCAGAACACGCUGUGGAUGGGGACGGCUUCGAGAACCCAAUGGAAGCUUCACCAUUGGACUUCAAAGUAACUCCGGAUGUUGAAGAACCUCUCUUGGAGCCAGAAAAUGAGAAAAUACUCGACAUUUUGGGGGAAACUUGUAAAUCUGAGCCAGUAAAAGAAGAAGGUUCCGAGCUGGAGCAGCCAUUUGCACAGGAUACAAGUAGCGUGGGGCCAGACAGGAAGCUGGCGGAGGAAGAGGACCUUUUUGGCAGCGCCCACCCGGAAGAGGAAGAGGAGGAAGAGCAGGAGGAAGAGGAGGAAGAGGAAGAGGAGGAGGAGGAGGGAGAUUUAGAUUUGGCCAGCGAGUCAACACGCGCUCAGUGGAGCGAGGCAGACACCCUGUUAGCGGUAGUGAAAAGGGAGCCCGUGGAGCAGACAGGCGAAGGCGCGAGGACGGACUGUGAGCCUGUAGGGCUAGAGAAGCCAGUUGAGCAGAGUAGCGCGGCCUCCGAGCUGCCGGAGGCCUCUAGCCAGGAGCUGGCGGAAGCGCCCACGGAAGCCCCGAGCCCGGAGCCCCGAGAUAGCAAGGAAGACGUGAAGAAGUUUGAGUUUGACGCUUGUAAUGAAGUCCCUCCGGCUCCUAAAGAGUCCUCAACCAGUGAGGGCGCUGAUCAGAAAAUGAGCUCCUUUAAGGAAGAAAAAGAUAUAAAGCCAGUCAUUAAAGAUGAAAAAGGCCGAGUCAGCAGCAGCUCCGGGCGGAACCUGUGGGUCAGCGGACUGUCGUCCACCACGCGUGCCACUGACCUCAAGAACCUGUUCAGCAAAUACGGGAAGGUGGUGGGGGCCAAAGUGGUGACCAAUGCCCGCAGUCCUGGGGCCCGGUGCUACGGAUUUGUCACCAUGUCCACAUCUGAGGAGGCGACCAGGUGCAUCAGCCAUCUGCACAGAACCGAGCUGCACGGGAGGAUGAUCUCGGUGGAGAAGGCCAAAAACGAACCCGCUGGGAAGAAGCUGUCGGACAGAAAAGAGUGUGAGGUGAAAAAAGAAAAGUUAUCCAGUGCUGACAGACAUCACCCUGUGGAGGUCAAAACUGAAAAAACCACUAUCAAGAAGGAAGAGAAGAUUGAAAGAAAGGAGGAGAAAAGGCCAGAAGACAUUAAAAAGGAAGAAAAAGACCAAGAUGAGCUGAAACCAGGGCCUGCAAACCGGUCCAGAGUCACUAAAUCAGGAAGCAGAGGCACAGAGCGAACGGUGGUGAUGGACAAGUCCAAGGGCGAGCCUGUCAUCAGCGUGAAGACCACCAGCAGGUCCAAGGAGAGGAGCUCCAAGAGCCAGGACCGCAAAUCGGAAAGCAAGGAGAAGAGAGACAUCCUGUCAUUCGACAAAAUAAAAGAGCAGAGAGAGCGAGAGCGGCAGCGGCAAAACGCAAACAGGCGGGAGGAAGCUUACUGGCCGGAAGGGAAGCGAGUGGCCCUGGAGGACAGGCACCGCGCCGACUUCCCCCGGCCCGAUCACCGCUUCCACGACUUCGACCACCGAGACCGGGGCCAGUACCAGGACCACGGUGCCGACAGGAGGGAAGGGUCCAGGCCGGGGAUGGGCGAGCGGGACGGGCAGCACUACGCAGAUGACCGCCACUGCCGCGACUCGCGUGACGGCUGGGGGGGCUACGGCUCCGACAAGAGGCUGAGCGAAGGCCGGGGGCUGCCCCCGCCCCCUAGGUGAGAGCCUUCCAGAAGGCUCGGGCGUGGGAGGAGGGCGGCGGUGAGCCGGGGUCACCUGCGCGUGGCUGGCUGUGCCCUGGGCGGGGCUCACUGGUGGGGACAGGACAGGGGUCAGGGCCUUUGUGGGGAACCGAGGUGCUGGCACAAGGUCCACUCUUCCGGACUGGCUCAGCUUGUCUGCCCCAGGCGGUCGUGUUCGCCCUGUCUCUGUGCACCAGGAGCCUUCCCGAUGCACCCGGUGUUUGUCCCUUCUGUGGCUUUCGCUGGGGACACCUCUGUCUUGGAGCUCUGGGGUGCGCCCCCUCCAUAGGUGGCCAUCUGAGGUGGCCGGGCGCUUGCUGUCUCUCCUGCGGCCUGCUUAGCACUGGAUCUGAGUGCCCGUGGGGAGAGCGGAGGACUGGGCACCGAGACCACGUGGGGCGGGUAGCAGUGCUCCCACCACGGCUGACCCUGCCCCGCCACCCAAAGGCAGCCGUGGCUCCGCGGCUGAGCCUGGACUGCCCAGCAUGGGAAGGGGCUGGAAGCAAAAGUGGGUCUUGGGUUUUGCGUUGCUGAUAAGUGAACCCUGGCCGAGCAAGUGCGCUUCCACUGCACUGCGUCUCCAGGUGUGGCAGUGCAUACCUGUACUCCCGCAUUUGGGAGGCUGAGGCAGGCGGAUCACCCAGGU